AUGAAUUUAAAACAAUAUAAUUAAUUAACUCUUUUAUUUUAUUUUUUUGAUUUUUAUUAAUUUGCUUUGUUUUUUUUUUAUUCUAAUUGUAUUUCAUUAAUUAAUUUGUUAUUAUUUCAUAUUUUUCUUCAUUUUAUCCUUCUAACAAACUAAUAACUUAAUAUUUUUUCUUCAAUAUUUAAAAGAAAUAGUUAAAUUGGUGAUAGCGGUGUAUCAGGCUUAGGUUACGGUUUAGGAAAGUGCACUAAUCUCUCAAAUUUGACACUUUAUCUUGGUCGAAAUUAAAUUGGCGAUAAAGGUGCAUCAGGCUUAGGCUCUGGUUUAGGGAAAUGCGCUAAACUCUCAAAUUUGAUACUCAAACUUUAGAAAAAUUAAAUUGGUGAUAAAGGUGUUACAGACUUAGGCUUUGGUUUAGGAAAAUGUGUUCUUCUCUCUAAUUUUACCCUUAAUCUUAAAUGUAAUUAAAUUGGAGGUGAAGGCACAUCAGGCUUAGGCUCUGGUUUAGGAAAAUGCCCUAAUCUCUCAAAUUUUGAACUCAAUAUUAAGCUCAAUAAAAUUAGAGAUGAAUGUAUAUCAGGUUUUGGUUCUGGUUUAGCAGAGUGCACUAAUCUCUCAAAUUUGACUCUUAAUCUUGAUUAAAAUUAAAUUAAAGACGAAGGUGCAUCAAGUUUAGGUUUAGGUUUAAGAAAUUGCACUAAUCUCUCAAAUUUGACUCUUAUUCUUAGUGAAAAUUAGAUUGGUGCAAGUGGUGCUUCAAACUUAGGUUCUAAUUUAGGAAAUUGUACUAGACUCUCAACACUCUACCUAGGUCUUGGUUGGAAUUAAAUUGGUGAUGCAGGUGCAUCAGGCUUAGUUUCUAGUUUAGGGAAGAAUACUAAUUUUUCAAAUUUGGAACUUUUUCUUCAUUAAAAUUAAAUUGGUGAUUAAGGUGUCUCAAGCUUAGGUUAUUUUUUAGGAAAAUGCACUAAUCUCAAAGAUUUUAAACUUUUUCUUCGUGAAAAUGAAAUUAGUGAUUAAGGCUUAUCAAGCAUAGUUUCUGGUUUACAAAAAUGCACUAAUCUCUAUAAUUUGACACUUGAUUGUUGGUAAAACUAAAUCUAAGAUUUAUAACAAUCGAAAGUAAAGUGUCUUAAAUUAAAAAGAUUAGUUGUCUUACAAAUGGAUUGA